AUGUACAUAGUAGCAUUUGCUUCCCUCAUCGCUCUCGCAGCAUGCGCUCCCCAGCGAGGAGGAGGGAGAGGACGACAGACUGCCCAACAGCAAGCAGCACAGAUCCCGCAAGGUAUUAGCCAAGCUACCGAUGGCUCGAUGAUCCUCGAUGACACUGUCAACGUCAAUGGACUGCCCAUUCGCUUCCGCAUUGCAGCGCCAGCAGAUCAGUUCAUGGCAGCUUCAGGAGUUCCGGGAGCAGCAGCUACAAGCCCGAAUGGAACGAUGGGUGCGAAUGUGCUCCUCCACGGCGACGGCGGCCAGUCUUUCUUCGACUUCCCCAACCAAGCUGUGCAAGCCAACACCAUGGGCGUCGCGCUCCUUGCCCCAGACCCAAAUCUCUUCUGGGGAGGCGGUCAAGGACUCCAACGCACUGACGGCGUCGCACACGCCCAAGCGGUCAACGACUUCAUCCAGACCGAAAUGCCUCAGCGCGUGGCCUUCAACAACCAGGCCGUCGUGUUCACCGGCGUCUCGGGGGGCAGCCUGCUCAUGAGCGGUUUCUUCAUCCCAGCUCAGAUGCAGAACUUCCCGAACAGCGCUGUAGAACUGAACUGCGGAGGCAUGCCCCCUCAGGUCGACUUCGCGAGUGCCGCGCAAGUCAUGCCACAGACACGCAUCCACUUCCAAAGCACGCAGAGUGAACUGCAGUUGCUUCAAGGCAGUAUCCCGCAGGCUGUAACCGCAUAUGAGCAGCUCGCCGCCCAAUCAGGUCUCACUGCCGAUCAAAUCAACACCUUGCAGACUGUCGACAACACACCAGCCGGCGGGCACUGCGAGUUCGACGGCCAGGACUUCGUGUCCGGCGUGCAGACCAUGUUGACCAGCUACUCGAACGUGGUCCAGGGCGGCAAUGGUAUUGUACAGGGGCUGGGCGCGCCGAGCAAUGGCCAAGUCACCACGGGCGUGGUCGGCAAUGAGAACUUGCAGUUUGUGGGUGGCCAGAAGAGGGAGCUUGAAAGUAUGGUUGUAAAGAGAUGGGCGCAGGAUCUCGAAUAG